GACGUUUAGUCAAGCACAGCGCUGCAUGUCAACCUGUAACCUCUCACGGCUCGAUUCAAUUUUCCUAACCAAAUUUGUCACGCGUUCGGAAUACAUGUCUGUUAAAUUUCCGCUUCUUCAUCUGGAUAUGUGUUAUUUAUGUGUUAUUGAUGUUUUUGAUGGCGUUUAGUUUGUUUUGCAACCGAGAAUGGCAUUUGUUGACGACGCUUACUAUGAUGGAAGCAGACUUUUCGCCUGGCUUUCGAUUGCUACUGGAAUUCCUAUCGAUCAGAUAAACUUUGCGGUGACGCAAAUAUUGGCACUGUUGUUGGCGCCUCUAUUCCGCAGCUAUCUGCACCAUGCUAAGGCGACGCCGGCCACUCGGCAUGCCUUCGGAUUGGUUGUCGGACUCCUCAUUGGCUGCUUUGCGUUUGGCAGGUUGGUACAAUUUCAAUUAUUAAUCAUGAUUUCAGGCCCCCUGAUGGUGAUAACGCAGAAAGUGACAAGCCUAGCAUUCAGUCUACAUGACGGAUUGACUAGAAAAGAAGAGGAGAUGACAACCAAUCAAAAACAUUAUGCUGUUCGGAAUUUCCCAACAGCUCUGGAAUAUUUUAGCUACGUGCUCCACUUCCAUACAAUAAUGGCAGGGCCGGCUCUGUUCUAUAAGGACUACAUUGACUUCAUUCACGGCUACAAUUUUAAACUGCAUCCUGCUAGCUCUAAAAACCAAUUCGACUCGAAUUGUAACAGUAGAAAGGUUGUGUUGGAGCCAUCAUCCACUCUAGUCGCUGUAAAGAAAAUAAUAAUUAGUGUACUUUGUGCCGCACUCUUUGUAUCUCUCAUACCAACGUUCCCGAUUCAGAGGGCCAAAGACGACGAUUUCGUGGAAGGCAAGACAGCCAGUGAGCAGAUGGUGUAUUUGUUCGUGGCCACUAUUCUGGUGCGGUUGAAGUACUACCAUGCGUGGGUAUUGGCCGACGCCAUUUGCAAUUUGUCUGGAAUCGGAUUCAACGGCUACGACUCGAAUGGCGUCGCCAAAUGGGAUCUCGUGUCCAACGUUGACAUAUUGCAGUUCGAGUUCGGAGUGACAUUGAGAGACUCGAUUGAGCAUUGGAACAAGGGAACAAACGUGUGGCUGCGAAUGACCGUUUAUGAAAGGGUGCCUGCCAAGUACGCCACCUUGCUUACUUAUGCAUUGUCAGCAUUCUGGCAUGGCUUCUAUCCUGGAUACUACCUCACUUUUGCCAGCGGUGCUCUAUUCACCUAUGCUUCUCGAGCGAUCCGUCGCUGCAUACGUCACUACUUCCAGGAGCCGGCCGUGGUGAAGGCGUUCUACGACCUGGUGACGAUGGUGGCGACCCGCGUGGUCAUGACCUACAUCACGUUCAGCUUCGUGCUGCUCGAGUUCUGGCCCAGUGUGCGUCUCUACCGCAGCACCUACUGCUGGCUGCAUCUGGCUGCACUUGCGGCCACGCUUGCCCUGCCUCGCACGCGCCGCGCAACCAAGAGCACGCCGCUCAAAAAUCCGUUCAGGCAGCUCUCGUCUAACGGCGUCACUAGCGGGCAUCAACGGGUAGAGUGUUGGAGAGAGGAGGGUUCGUUCGUGAGUCGAGUGUGGUUCAUUCAUAAAUUCAGUGUUUUUCAUUCAUAAAAUGGUACUAUUUUAUUCACAAAAUGGGAUUUGUUUGUGAGUUCAGUGUGUUUCACUCAUAAAAUGGGAUUAGUUCAUCCAUAAAA